AUGCCUUCCGGACACGAAGACGACCAUGGACAACAACGCAGCGGGCCAUCGGCGCGGGCUGCAAUGCAAUCCACAGUGGAUGCUAUAGGGGAACUAUUUGAGGUCGUCGAUGGUGUGCAAGUCCCAAAUGCGCUAUCUCACAUCCCGCGCCCACCGGACGAGAUCGUCCAUCGGUUUACGCUCCGCGACAUCGAGAUGAUCAUGCUGCUGUCCAUCCAGGCUGGUCUUCUCUCCGACACAGCCCCUGGAGGGGCCACGGGUGCUGAGGGAUUGCGCAACGAUCCUAUGCAGAUCGCGAGAGGGCCUAUGAAUGAGGAGCGGUCAAAGCACGCUCUAAGUUCUAUCUCCCGCUUUGACACGUCUUCCUCUGCUACGCUGCAGAAUACGAUGAACAAUCAGAUGACCGCGGCCGCUAAACACCCCGCUGGAAGCGCUAGCACCGUGCGCAACAUUUCUGCGACUGCCCAUGAGGCUCAUGAUCGGGACACUGGAUCGCCCGCAUCGCGUGCAAGCAAGAGCACCCCAGGUCAGGUUUCAGACGGUGCCACCCCUGUUGCACCAACGUCGAACACGCGGGACGGCACGGCCGACGAUGGAGCAAGCGAGGUGGGUCUCGAAGAGGCGACCCCUGCGCAGAUCGCGCAGCACGCACUCCUGGGCUUCGCGUUCACUUCCCUCAGCGACGCCGGGCCCGUCAAGCUGGACUUUCACUCAGUUAACAAGCGUCCUGUGUCAACGGCCAAGGUCCAUGCUCUUGUAGAGUCCUUCCGCAACGCGGGCGUCCAAAACUGGCGGAACCCUAUGCCGAUCCUUGUACCGGCCGGGUACAUCGAUCUCAGCACCGUGACAAGGGCGCACAUCGAGUGUGCAAACGGGCCAAUGCUAGAGUGGCUCCCGGCUGCGCACGGCCAGACGGUCGAGUGUCUCGACGGUCGACACCGCCGGGAAGCGCUGCUACUCCGCUUGCAAGCUCUUGACACAAGGCGCAACGAGAACAUCCCGCGGAAUAUUGAAGCCCUUCAAGGCCUCCUGGACGACAUCGACGCCCUCGGAGCGGACCAGAUGAGAUGGCUGGUGAGCCUGUACGACGAGGGUGAGCAUCCGACCAACGUCUUCGUCUUCGGGUGUGCAGAGGACGCUGGGCUGAUCAUCCUCACAGACAUCAUUGGGGACAACGAGGCCGUCAAGAACCUUCUCUUAGCUGACCCCGACCGGUCAUGGACCCGUCAUCUCUGA